UUUGAAAUAAGACGGAUCAGCGCAGCUCAGAAGAGAAAGAAGCAGAGACCAGAUUAAUUUUACUCCUUGUUUUAUUAGUCAGCAAUGUUCUAAUGUCAGUAAUGACUAUGUUCACAAUCACUGUGUGUUGCUUCAGGAGUUCACUACUGAACGCAGCUGCGGAUAAUGUGCCGUCUAGGAUCAGAACUUAGCUACAAUAAUUAUUUGGCACUGUUAGAGACAUCAUACUGUGGGCAAUAUAGUACGUCAGAACAGCUCCUGCAUUUUAUUUGUAAUAAUUAUUGUCUCAGAAGUUAACGUUUUCACACAAGUCAUAGAUUUAGUUCGCGGACAGACAAGCAUAGCAUUAUCAUGGAUGCAGCUGAUGAAGCUAGCUUUGAUGACAAUAUCGUUGCACACUACGACUGGACGUCGUGAUGGAAUUCAAACGCCGAUAGUCGACGCAAAGGCGGAUGCACGUAUUGGGUUUGUGCACGAUGAUGAUGGGGGCAGCCCAUGGCCUGCUGGAUGGUCCAAUGAUGUUGUUGCCGAGUAGCUCCUGUACGUGCUCUUGGACUUCGUUUUUCUGAUGUAGGAUUUCGGCAUUGGAUGUGGACUGCAAUGGCAAGUUUGCAGCCCUAGCAUCUAAGAAAUGGAUUGCACUCAUCGAUCUUGACAAAGCUGCAGAACCAAGUGGUCGGCGUAAGCUGAUGCGUGAUAGCAAAUGGGAGACGCAUACGUUGCGCUGGAACCCCCAUGCGUCCGACAGCGAUGUGCUUCUGGCAUCGCUGAACUUCAAGAUUGAAGUGUGGAGAACAGAAAGUGCCGAUGCCGGAAAGCGUCAACUCUUGCGCGCCCACACCCUCAGAGUCAGUGACUUAUGUUGGUCGCCGACCGAACCUCAUCUAUUCGCAUCUUGCUCCAUGGAUGCAUUCGUCUACAUCUGGGAUUUACGAGAUGCAAGGAAGCCGUGCACUGCCAUGAAGACUAUAGCGGGUAGCUCACAAGUGAAGUGGAACAGCUUCAAUGACAACAUCCUUGCCUCUGCUCACGACAUGGAUGUUCGCCUCUGGGAUAGACGUAAACCCCAAAUUGCAUCACAGUACAUCAGCGCUCACAUCAAGCAGAUUCACGGCAUGGAUUGGUGUCCCACCGUUGCUCACAAGCUCAGUACGUGCAGUCAUGAUGGUCGUGUCCAGGUGUGGAAUACCGAGCAGGCUCGGAUUUCACAGCCAGAAACCACGCUAAACAUUGGAGCACCUGUCUGGAGAACGAAAUUCACUCCAUUUGGAUAUGGCAUGGUGACAACGCUGCGUUCACAGCUACACGGAGUGCCGGAGCACAACCUGCAGCUGUGGAACCUCGCCGAUGUUUCAGCGCCGGUGCAUUCUUACAGUGGGCACACUGAUGCUGUGCUGGACUUUACUUGGCAGACGAAAAACAGUGGUGAUCGCAAAAACUACAUCAUGAUGUCCGCCUCCAAGGAUCAGACGUUGAGAAGUUGGAUGAUUGAUGAGCAGGUUCGACGGGUGUGCACGCCAGGAGGAGGAGACAGGGCAGCCCUGGCCGUCAGCAGCAGCACAUCGCUGAGCCUGUCCAGCUCACUGCCGCUGUCGGCGGUGGCGCAGCUGUCCGGCAGCUUCCACGAUGGCAUGGAGCUGGGCGGCGCGGGCGAGCAGGACGACGGCAAGAACGUGUCGCGUGCCCCGUCCGGCCACGACCUGGCCCUGGGCGCCGCCGUGUUGAGUCAGGCUGACAGCAGCACCGUCGGCAUGUCGCUGACAAGCUCUGACACCAGUGCUGGACCGGUACCGGCCGUCUUUGCACAGCCGCACACGCUGGCACAUGAGUUUGCACUGCUCAACCUGCAGAUCGACGGCCUGCACGUCGACAAGCUUGACGCUGGACAACGGAUCUGCAUUGCAUCCGUCACCGGCGCACAACUGUAUGCCCAGGUGACAAUCAGCUUUCCCGCGCUGUACCCCAACGACGCCGCACCAUCCUUCCACUUCUCCGACAAGUCCACCAUCGACAACAGUGGCAAGUCGCAGCUCACCAGUGUUCUCAUCAGCACAUCAAAGUCACUUGUCAGCUUGAAUCGACCCUGCUUGGAGCCGUGUCUUCGUGACCUCGUGGCACAUAUGCGAUCGGGCCUGCGUCCCAUCAACAGUGUGAGCCGAGCGCAAAGCCUGGGCUUGUCUCGGCCGGCCACGUCCGUUGUGACCAGCUACGGCAACACAUUAGAUGAUCAUGUGCCAUUCCCGCGGACAUCAGGAGCACGGUUCUGUGGCAAUGGCUUUCUGGUAAUAUUCAAGCGUCCGGAGACACUAAAGGCGCCGCCGAACGUCACCACACCUCGUUCGCUGGCCGAACUAGCUCUGAUCUGUAACAGCUACCGACGGCCCGGACCACCAUCCGCUCUUCAGCAGAGGACGGCAUCCAUCUCCGGUUACUAUCGCCUCAAUCAAGAUUCUGGCCCGUCGCUAGUCAAGCCCAUAGCAAUCUACGAGACAGCGCUGCUGCUCAAGCUGCACAAGUCACUGGCACUAUCGGCACGACUAAGUGAGGACGUGAAGGCAAUGUGUGCACACAAUGGCAACGCGGCACUGGCGGAGGGUCGCGAUGACCUGCGCCGUGCCUGGCAGGUGAUGCAGGCUGUCACCGAGUCUCACACCUGUGUGGACUCGCUGACGGCGGAAAGCAAAGACCUGGUCACACCGUGGCCGCAGCACCCGUUCGGGCGGCAGAUGGCAGCGUCCUUGAUCCGCCACUACAGCAGUGUCAACGACAUCCAGGCAGUGGCUCUGCUGGCCUGCGCUUGCUUCACCUAUCUGAGGUGCAAGCAGCCCGCACCGCCGCCACCGCCCCCGCCUCCCGCCAUUCUCGGGCCGGCAGCAGUGACUGCGGCAGCUCUCCCAGCUCCGGCUCAAACUAGGUCUUCAUCAUUCGUCGCCUCCAGUUCAUCGUCGGCCUCGACCCCGUACCAUGCCUCCACACCAUCCGGUGCCCACCUCUACAGCAGCAACUCCUCUCCCAGUCAUCACCAUCACCAUGGCAGCCACGGCGGCAGCCAUGGUGUUGGUGGCAGUGGAGGUGGAAGUGGAGGGCUGCAGCAGCAGCGUGGCAUCGGGAAAGCACUGGCCAGCGCGUACCACUCCAUGACGCUGGCCUUGCCAGACGCCCGCAUGCCACGCACCACCACGCUAGCAUCGUCGCCGACGCUCAGCACCCCGUACAACCUGUCCGGUGAGCUGAUGUCGCCGGGCUAUGGAGAUAGCCCUUCAGACGACGAGCACUUUCUGCGGACAAGCUUGCUGGAUGCGGAUACGAUAGACAGGUGUCUGCAGUGCUGCUGGUGGUAUGCCGAGGUACUGCACCGCUGGGAGAUGUUCGAACAGAGGGCAGAGCUGCUGCAUUGUGUCGGUGCCAUCUCCACGCAAGAAUCCACCGAUCGGCACGUUGUGAAGACGCUGUGUUCCAACUGUAAAGAGGUGCAGUCCGGACCCAACUGCAGCAGGUGUCACACAACCUCCAGAGUCAAAUGUGCAAUUUGUCACAUACCAGUCAAAGGCCUCUCUCACUUCUGCCUUGACUGCUGCCACGGCGGCCACUGGGAUCACAUGGCCAGCUGGUUCGAGGCGUCCAAGGUCUGUCCGACCGGCUGUGGCUGUGCUUGCGUGUCCUGAGUGCCGUGAGUAUGCCAAUGCCCAGGGGCUGCUUGUUCCCAAUGUGUAUCCUCUCCACUCUGCUCUCUGCUCGCCUGCAUCUCUCCCAAACUCUGUGAAAAAUAUUAUUGACAAAAUACUUUUUCCCUGUGUCCCAACCUGCACUAGUCACUAUCUGUAUGAUGUUCGCUCUGAUGUGCGUGUACAUGUUCUACCCAUUCUCAUGUACAUAAAUAGGUCUGUUCGUUCUGGCCUUAUGUAAAUAUAUUGUGUACGGCACUGUACAGAUUGGAGCUUGUCUACGUAUUCAUUCUCCAACCCAAUCUCUUGUACAUAUUACAUGUAUUGGGAUAGAUGUAAACAUGCAUAGGGUACGCUUGCACAUACGCUGUUUAGAAGAUUUUUAUCAUAGUUCAGUACAAUAGUUCAGCAGUAUCAGCACAAUAGUUCAGCACAAUAGUUCAGCACAAUAGUUAAGUAUAUUUUUAGUUUUUGGUGGUAGUGAAGGCUUUUCUUGAUCACACUUUGCUAUUGUUCAUGUCGUCUUGUCACAAGUCAUGUCUAGGUGUAGCCUUUGCACACGUAGAACGUCGCACGCUCCCUGGGAUUCUGCAUCGUUAUCUCAGGUCAUUCUGUCCAGCCGUAUGUUUGGCAUGAUGUGUGUUCACCAUGGCAUGUGCACGCUGAGACCAAGAGCUGCAGACAGUUGCUAUUCGUUUUCAAUUUCUUUUGUAUAUGCCCUGCACCCUUUCAAAUACUGGUGCGUUUGCAAUACAUAUUUUUUGUGGUAUUUUGAAAGCAGUGUAUGUAUCAGUGCCAUCCACCCCAGUCUUGUACUUCAAAGCAGAACCAAAGGUUCCGAACUGAACGUUUUUAGUUCCCUUCGAGUCUUCAGAAGUUGAUGCAGCGAAUAUGGAAAAAAAUGGUCAAACCCGAGCAACUAAAUAGGGAAAAAUGUGAUUGAAGCAUCAUUCUACCGGAGUGAAGAAGUAUUCGACAGCGUAUCAAAAACACCAUGAAUGUGGAAAUGACCAAAACACGUUGAACGUAUCAAUGAGGAGUAACAUUCCUAAAACUUUCGCGAGAACUAACGUCAAACAACUGAAGUGACAACCAUUUUCCUUCUGAGUACACAAUUUGGGGACCAACUAACUUACUUCACUACAAAAUUAAUAUACAAUGCUUCUAAGACAGCCAAAUGGCUGGUGUGGAUUGCAUCAAUGCAUACUCUACUUUCAAAUUUCGAAAUUGGAUCCGCUUCCAAUCCUCAUCGUCGUCUUGUUUGUUUUGUUUUCAAGUCUUCUUUUUCACCGUGGGCCUAUCAACGGUGCCAUGGCGUUCUAUGCUCGUGCACAACAAAGUUAUGCUUCAGUGGAUUUGAUUUUUAUUAUAGAAAACUGG